GGGGGGGUCUCUGUGGUGAGAAGGUGGCCGUUCUGUCCCCGACUCUAUGGUUGCAGGAGGGCGGGGGGGUUCCAGCGUGGGCCGGCAGUAGUGGUCCGUGGAGUCAUGAGCUGCCUCCUUCCUGCAGCCUGAGAGGCAACAGAGGCCCCUUUAUGGUGUGGGGUUUCAUGGCUCAGAAAGGGCUGCCAGUCGCUCAGGAAUCUCCCUAAUUCUGCACUGAACAACUCCUCCACAGGAAGGAGAGCAGCCCCGGUGGCAGCAGCACAGGUGAGUCCUGUGAUGUCUGCCUUCCAUCAAUCGCUGAACCAGAAUUCCAUGAAUUGCAAAGCAACAAGAGGCUUGGCAGCCUGUGCUAUAUCCCAGCUUCCUACUUUACUGUGACGUCCCUCCUGGGUCCAUUAUUUUCUCCCCACUGAGGUGUGCAGUAGGAGGACUGCAUCAGGAACAUUGUUGAGGAAGCAGCUUGCAAAGCCAGGAGGGCCAUGGGCUUCAGCUUUGGUGUCCUUCACCUCUCCUACAAGUUCAAGUUGCUCCUGGUCUUAGCCUUGUGUGUGAUGGUGGUAGGAUGGGCCAGCUCCAACUACAUCAUGGUUGCUCUGCAAGAAACUCCAAAAGCUAAAAGUUUGUUGGACAAUUUGGUGCUGGAGAGAGAGGAGGAGGAGGCUGAGAAGGAGGAGGAGGAAGAGGAGAAUCAGAACAAGAAGAUGAUUUCAACUAUGAAAGUCCCCACAGUGAAGUCAACAGUGGGCCAGUGCCCUGCACUCUCUCCAUACCUGCGGGGGCCGAGCAAUCUCACUUUCAAAGCAUCUCUCACAUUAAAAGAGGUGGAAGAGGAAAACCCUCAGGUCAUGAAGGGUCGGUAUCACCCUGCAGAGUGCUUAGCAUUGCAACGAGUAGCCAUCCUGAUCCCACACCGCAAUCGAGAAAAGCAUCUGCUAUACCUGCUGGAGCACCUCCACCCAUUCCUGCAGAGGCAGCAGCUGGACUAUGGCAUCUAUGUCAUUCACCAGGCUGGCAAUACCAAGUUUAACAGAGCUAAACUGCUGAAUGUGGGCUACCUAGAGGCUCUGAAAGAGGAAAACUGGGACUGCUUCAUUUUCCAUGAUGUGGACCUGGUGCCAGAGAAUGACUUCAACAUGUACACAUGUGGCAAGCAACCAAAGCACCUUGUCGUGGGCAGAAACAGCACUGGGUACAGGUUACGUUACCGAGGAUAUUUUGGUGGAGUGACUGCUCUAACCAGGGACCAGUUCUCCAAGGUGAAUGGAUUCUCUAACAACUACUGGGGUUGGGGUGGUGAGGACGACGACCUCCGAAUCCGGGUUGAGAUACAGAAGAUGAAAGUGAUGCGGCCAUCCCCUGAUGUAGCCAAGUACACCAUGAUCUUCCACACCAGAGACAGAGGCAAUGAGGAGAAUGGAGAGAGGAUGAAGCUAUUGCGACAGGUGUCCCGGGUAUGGAAGACAGAUGGGCUCAACUCCUGUUCCUAUAAGCUGCUCUCGGUGGAACACAACCCCUUAUACAUCAAUGUCACAGUAGACUUCAGCAUGCAGCCCAAGGUCUCAUAACAUUGCGCUGCCUGGAGACUCAAGGAAGAGGGAAUAGAUCUUCUGCCUGUGGUCACUGGUGCAGUGACUGGACCCUCAGCCUUGUGCUAGAAGGGUACCCCAGCAUUGCAGAGCCAAUGCAGAGAAAAUGGCUUCAUCCAUUCCUAAGUAUUUGGUUAAAGAAUUGCAUUUUGAGGUUGCAGGACAGCCAUGUGUAUUGAGCUGGAGACCCAGGUUUACCCUAGGAAUGAGCUGUCUGGUUAUUUGUUUCUGUUGGGUUGUUUAGAAUGUCGUCUUGCCUGGAUUGCUGGCUUGAUCCCUGGUCCCAGUGGAAGCCUAAACUACAUGCUCUGAAAGCUUUCAGCUCAAAUAGCUGUUUCUCAGCUUCUCAUCUGUAGUACAAGGAGAAUCUAAUACAGAGGCCAACACUCCUGUGCUCUCGAAAGGAGCAAGACCUUUUUUUCUUCCAAAGCACAAGAACAUUUUCAUAGUCUGCAGUUUUGCUGAAAGAAAAAAAAAAACUCUCUUCUUUCAGCUUACUUGCGUGUGAGGGAAGUAAUCAUGUUAACCACAGCCACAAUGAAAGGAAUGUAAAAAUUUGCAAUAAAGUACAACCCAUUUCAUUCAAAA